AGUAUCUCGUCUCGACUCUCUUCUCGCCCACGCUCUAUAAAACCUAGCGCCCCCCGGCGAUCCAUUGCCACGCCGUGCCGAGCACACACAGAGACACAGCAGGCAUCACACAGCUAGCUUCAUCUGCGACUAAUCAAGCUACGUAAGUGCGAGCAGCCAUGACGGCGAUGACUAUGGCCGGCGCGUCGUCUCCCUCCAAAAAAAGCGGCCUCCGGGGGCCGCGGCCGCAGCCGCUGAAGGUGGCGUCGGCGCCGCCGUCCUCCAGGCCGUCGAACAAGCGGUCCCACGGUGGCGGCGCGCCGGUGAUCGUCUACGAGCACACGCCCAAGGUCGUGCACGCGCGGCCGCACGAGUUCAUGACCGUCGUGCAACGGUUGACUGGCAAGCCGGCACCGGCUCCGGCGCUGCUCCCUGGCUACGAUGUCCCCAUAGCGCCCAUGGAGGAGGGAGCUGGAGUAGGAGACCCGCUGCUGCUCACCCUCGGGCACGGGCAGCACCCGCCCAUGGCGGCCGGGCCCGGGCAGCUCAUGUCCCCCGGCGGCUUCAUCUUCUCCCCCAACACCAUGCAGUCCAUCCAGGAGCUCUGCUCAACCCCUUGCGCUAAUUGAUCAGCAAAGCAACCAUAUGCAGUUGAUCUGGACAGGUUUCUUACUACUGCAGGUACGAGUCUAGUAGAAGAUCACAUAUAUGCAUACGCCUAGUACUAUAUAUGUAAAUAGUACAGUACAAAUCAGUUAGCCAGGCAGAGUUCGCGCUGUUCGUGUGAAAUUUUCCACGAGGUCGAUCCAUCGAUCGAGGGACUCAAAUUUCGCACGCACAGCACAGCAGCUUCUUGAUACAGUUUUUAUACAAUUCUUGUACAGUUACGCACAACAUCUGUACAUUUUUGUUCUUCCA